GUCUUCAACAGUCACUAAAUUUUUGGACGACAUUGGAUCCUCAACUAAGGUACGGAAACCAGCAUCGCGAUUUCGGCCACACCACACCACACACGACGUUUAGUCUCGCCCGCAGAAGACGCCUGACGGAGCAAAACUAACGAAACUAACGAAACGAUUGACAUCAAUUCUUGACAGACUCGGUGCACGGAGGGAAACGAACGAGCAGUCACCGCAGUCGCCGUCUGGGGGUGCAGACCCUGACUCGCCCUGACCUGCACCACCUUUUGCCUAUCUAGCAGGAAACGAAUCUUGUUCGAUCACACAUAAGAAUAAAUACAGACAUGCACUACACAAUGGCGCAACGCGCAGCCGAAGCGGCCACCAAGACAUACAAGACCUUUCGAGAGCUCCAUGGCGUGGUGAUAUCGGCCGGGUUGAUGGACAGGACAGUCAAGGUGCGGGUCGGCGGGCAGAAGUGGAAUAGCUUUGUCAAGAAGUUCUUCAACGACCCGAAAACACACCUAGUCCACGACCCCAACAACUCCCUCCGCCUCGGCGACGUCGUGGCCAUCACGCCCGGGUUCCGUGUGUCGCAGCACAAGCGGCACGUGGUCAAGCACAUCAUUGCGCCCGGGUCCGCGGUGCCUAUCGAGGAGAGGCCGCCCAUCCCGUCCUGGGAGGAGCUGUGGCGCGAGCGCGAGGUCCGCAAGCAGGCCAAGGACGAGCGCCGCGCGCUGCGGAUGGAGGUCCUCCGCGCCGAGGGCAGGGCCAGCAAGAUUGACAGGAUCAUCAAGGAGGCUCGCGCCGAGAUUAACGCACGUGCCAAGGUUAUUGAGGCUGCUGUUAGGAGGGAGGCGAGGAAGUUUGGACGGGUGGCUGGGGAAGAGGAACUGGAACGGGAUCGGGAUGGGUUAUGAGGAAUGUUGAUGGGGAGUUGGCUGGGGAGGGGUUUCUAUGUGGCGGUGCCAUGGUUGGGGGAAUUCAACGACGGAGGCCGCUGCGAAUCUUUUCCAGUGUAAGAUUUGGUGAAGAGGCGGAUUGGAACAAAAACAAUCCCCUGUACUACCUGUACCUGUAGAUAAGGCAGUCCAUUUGGCAUGCAUGGAGAUUGGCAAUCCUGGGCGUUUAGACACGGCAUUCUGUACAUUUAGUGCUCUGGGCACAUCAAAACUGGGCCACUGCGCCAGCAUGAGCGCACUCUAUGUGGGUGUGCCGGAGUCAAAUACGCAGCAGAAAGGGUCUUGAAGCUAUUCGUUGUCUCUCG